AAGCAUCUCUCUAUCUGUUGAGCGACACUCUCUCUUUCAAGUUUCAACUGCUACAAAGAUACUAUCGUAUCUUCUUUCCCACAAAGUUCAACCCCUACUCCGCGCCGUACGAAAACACCCACUCUUUCUUGAUAGUUUAUUUCUUUUUUACAACUCAUGAUUAGAAAUGGUGGUUUAGAUUUAGAUCAGACAACUAUACACCAUCCUUUUGUGUUAAGGGGGGAAGGGAAACAAUGUCAACACAGAGCCUUCUUCCUAUAUCCACCCCAUCUCCUGCUUCUAUGAUCUCUGCUGUCUCGGCAGGAUCUAGAGAGAGAUUGCUGUUCAGAUCGGACGGUGAUCAGAUGGCCGGAACCACCCGGAUUCUUAUCUCGCCGUCUUCGCCUUCUUUGGACUUGGAGGAUGAUAGGAGAAUCGAAAAGGUGCCCUUUCUUUCUAGGGCCUCGAGUUUCACAGAUGCCGCCUUGGGAGAUUCGAAUUCUUUUCUUAAGAAGCAGAGGCGGCGGCGGAUCAGCAGUGAUUCGUCGCUUUCAUCCGCCUCAGACGGCAACUCCAUCCGGCAGGAAGUGGGAAGGGCCGCUUCCGAUACCUAUUUGGUCACUAGGUUGGCCCUUAAGCUGUUUUGGUAUCUCGGGGUAGGCUAUCGAUGGAUAACCAGGUUUCUUGCCCUUGGCUGUUAUGCUUUCCUUCUUUUUCCUGGUUUUGUUCAAGUCGGAUAUUACUACUUUUUCUCCAAACAAGUCCGGAGAAGUAUUGUUUACGGUGAUCAGCCAAGAAACAGGUUGGAUCUUUACCUCCCUAAGAACAGCAAUGGGCCCAAACCAGUUGUAGCAUUUGUAACAGGUGGAGCAUGGAUAAUUGGUUACAAAGCUUGGGGUUCUCUUUUAGGACAACAAUUAUCUGAAAGAGACAUAAUAGUGGCAUGCAUUGAUUACAGGAAUUUUCCACAGGCAACUAUUGGUGAUAUGGUAAAAGAUGCUUCCCAGGGUAUUUCCUUUGUGUGCAACAAUGCGGCUGAAUAUGGAGGUGAUCCUAACAGGAUAUACUUGAUGGGACAAUCAGCUGGAGCACAUAUUUCUGCGUGUGCUCUUGUGGAACAGGUGAUCAAAGAGGCAGGAGAGGGACUAAGCACUUCAUGGAGUGUAUCUCAAAUAAAGGCAUACUUUGGCUUAUCAGGAGGGUACAAUUUGCUCCAUCUAGUGGAUCACUUCCACAACCGGGGUCUCUAUCGCUCACUUUUCUUGAGCAUAAUGGAAGGGGAAGAAUCUUUGAGAAAAUACUCGCCGGAGUUAGUGGUGCAAGAUCCAUAUGUUAGAAAUGCAGUCCCACUCCUUCCUCCUAUUUUCCUUUUCCAUGGCACUGCAGACUACUCCAUUCCUUGUGAAUCCAGUAAGAAAUUCGUUGAAACUCUAAAUGAUCUUGGAGGUAAAGCUGAAGCAAUUAUGUAUGAAGGGAAAACACACACAGAUUUGUUUCUCCAGGAUCCAAUGCGAGGUGGGAUGGAUGAGUUGUUGGAGGACUUGAUAACAAAAAUCCAUUGUGACAACCCAGAAGCCCUUGUGGAGGCUGCAGCAACUGCUCGCAGAAGAAGGCGCUUAGUUCCUGAAUGCAUGUUGAAGUUGGCUACCAAAGUUAGCCCAUUUUAGCUCACCCCCACAAUAACUUUCUUUCUUUUAUACGCCUCCAUUAUUUGUCCUGCCCCCAUUUUUGUGCACACUUCAUUAUAAAAAAAUUCUUUUCGGAAAAACAUAUAUCCAAUUAUUGUGUAAAUCAAAUAUGGCACCUGAUCUCAGGACCGUCUCUAGCACUUUUGGUGCCCCAGACAACAAAUGAGCAAUGAGAUCAAAUAGUACUUAAAAUUAAUAAUGGAA